AUGAGUGCUCCGGGUUUUGCGGAGAAUUUUGUCUUUACGGCGAACGGCGGAACGGCGACGGCGAAAGAGAAACCGCCAGACAUGGCGAACACAAAGCAAGAGAAAACAAAGGUAUCUUUUCGUGAUAUGCUAACUGAAGGAACCCAAAAGGUCCACGUCAAGGAGAAAGUGAAUUUGGUGGAGACAGGAUUGGUGACUAUAACAUAUGAAGGUGGGAACAAGCUGCUUCCCAAAGUAUCACUAAAUGAAUCUUAUUUUAAUGAUUUGUGCCAUCCAUGGAAGGAAGCGUUGGUGAUAAAAGUCCUGGGAAAACGUGUGGGAUAUCAAGCUCUCAAAGAACGACUACAAAAGAUAUGGAAGCUCCAAGGAGGUUUUGAUAUGAUGAAUGUUGACCAAGGGUUUUACAUGGUUAAGUGCAACCUGCUAGCUGAUCGAGAAAGGAUCAUGUCUCAGGGGCCUUGGAUGGUGUUUGACCACUACCUUGCUGUAGCACAAUGGUCUCCUGAAUUUGCAGCUCCAACAGCUCAGGUGGAAAAAACUCUGGUGUGGAUUCGGUUCCCUGGACUGAAUCUAUUAUUCUAUGAUGAAAGCUUUCUAUUGGCACUAGCAUCAACUAUAGGAACCCCUGUGAAAGUAGACACCAAUACUCUUAAUGUGGAAAGAGGAAGAUUCGCACGGAUCUGCGUUGAGAUUGAUCUCACUAAACCAGUGGUGGGCAAAGUUUGGAUUCAUGGGCAUUGGUACAAAGUCCAAUAUGAAGGAUUGCAUAUGAUUUGUGCUACGUGUGGAUGCUAUGGACACAUUACCAGAAACUGCACUAAAGUUCCUGCAGUGAAAACAACGACGGAGAAAGCUCAUGUUCAUCAAGAAGCUAAUGGCGGUGGUAUAAUGGCGGCGCCGGCUAAAGAUCAUAUGCAACAGCAGCCGACUCCAGCAGCGGCAAUUAUUACAGAGCAAAUAUCGGGGAUUCGCAUUGAUGACACCCAAAAACAAAGGGAUCAUGAAGAGAGUGGGGUAGAUGCCAUUGAAGUGCAUGGUGAAUGGAUGGUUGUAACGAGAAAAAAACGGAACAAUGGGGCGCAAAAUCAGGGAGGAAACCGUGGCAUUCAAGGAAAAAAUAAAUAUCCCCUAAAUAGUAAUAAUUCAGGAGGAACAAGAAAUAAUGGAAAAAGUGGUGUGGUCAACGUGACUAAUGGAAGACAAGUGCAUCAGAAUGUUGAGGUGGGGUCCAGCAAAAAAGGGGUUCAAGCAAAAAAAAGAAGAUUUGAAAACGUGGCACAAACUAGUAAUGAUGUUGGGCCUCCAGCAAAUGGAUCAAGAGAAAAACAACAAGGUCCAAACAAAAUUCAUCAGGUCAACGAGGCCAAAUUGAAUGGGCCAAGUCAGACUAGUGGAGCAAAUAAAGACAGUAGAACUCAAAGUACCUUUCCUCGGAUGAAUUGCGAAUCAAUGCAAAGAGGCACAAUAGACAACAGAGAGAUAGAUGGUGAUGGCAAAACAAAUAAAGAGGGAGAAUAUGUUCAGACCCAAGACGACCAAGAUGAAGAUCUGGAGAUUGUACAAGAAACCCCCAUGGAUGGGGACCUGCCACAUCAUAAUAUGUGUCAAUAG